AUGGUGGUUACUUUGGUGGAACCAACGAAAUGGGCUAAUUUAAUAGAGGAAUACCCAGACACUCUUUAUUCUUCCGAAUCGGCAAAGAAUGUUGAAAAUGUACUCUCGAAAACGUCUACGAGGAGGCACCAAAAAGUGCUGUUCAACGCCGCCAAACCCUUUAUGCCAAAAAUGAUACACGAUUGCAUUGGUACUUCGAUUCUGAACUCUCUUGUUAAGUAUGGUACUGUUACUACCGUCGACGGCGUUUGCAAAAUAGUUUUCGAGUCUUGUGAAAAAAUUCUGAGAUGCCGAUGCAGCCCUGAAAAUCAACGAAUUGAAUCGUUGGGUUCGCUUUUGGAACGCAUUGUUUACCGCUACGACUGUUUGGGUAAUUACCGGCAAAACAUCAUCGAAGUACUGAAGUCUCUAAGGCCCUCACAGCUUAUGGGCACCCCUGUGCUCUUGUUGGCUGCCGCGCGACUGUUAAUUCAAAAUAGGGAUUUUGCAUCUUUGGUUCUGACAAAUAGUGAGGCUCGAACGGAGUUUUUUUCAGCCUCCUUAGUAAGAACGAAUAGGGGCGUCGUAUCUGCUUUCUGCAAAAUUCUUUUAUCAGAAGAUGCUUUAAAGGACGGUGAAAUGACUGGUCUUUGUUCGGCGUUUAUUUUCGAUUCCUUUUCCGGAUUGUAUGAACCAAAAGCCACGCUGCGACCGAUGAAAGACAUAACACUACUACUGGCUAGCUGCGGUUCCAUUGAUGGGGUCCGAAAUCUCGGGAAAAGUCUGGCGCGUUGGCCGGAUAUUCACGGUAGGGCAAAGGGUGAUGAUUAUGCCAAAAUUGUGGCUCAUAUUUUAUCCCGCCUACCUGAUACCGACAGCGGAUUGCCGCUUGUUAAGGCAGUUCUUCACUCUGAAGAGGAUAUAAAUGAUCGACUUCGUUGUCGCAAAUCAUCUCAUUUGCAUCUUCUCGCUUCAAUUGCUGAAAAGCAGUCGUACGUUCAAGUUCUCUCAGAGGCAUUGGGUACUUCUGUGGAAAAGAAGCUUGCGAGUGCUGUUGUGCAGUACCGAAGAGUGACGAAACCACGAGUGGUUUCGACAAAAGAGUUGCUUUCCCGAAAGCUUGCCGAUAUGCGGAAAGGCUCCGGGGAGAAUGACAGCGCGCGUAACGUUUCCAAGAGAUUCCGUGAAUGGUAA